AUGAGCGUCGAAACCAAUAAUUCUUCUGUAGUACCAAAACUCGAUAAUCCAUAUACUAUUAUAAAUAAAACUCCAAUCGAAUUUUUCAAAACAUCUUUGCCAAUAUUAACAUAUGGUAAAAAAAAGUCCAAUUCGUCGACAAAGAGCAAAUAUUCUACAUAUCCAGAAGUUGUUCUUUGGGAUACUUUUCAAGAGGAGGUUAAAAAUGUACUAAUUCUUAAAAAUGAUAUAACUGUACAAUAUUUAAUCAAAGCACCACGAUUACGUUCAAAAGUAACUGGUGAAAAAGAAGUUAUUAUUGCUAUUAAUGACAAUGUUUUUGAGCCAUUAUCUCAAUUUCUUGAAAAACAAGAACUAUAUUGUUCGUUUAAAAUUGAUGCUUCAGGUGCACCUGAAAUUAUAGGAGAACCUGACUUUGUUUUUUAUCAUAAUGAAACAGCAAAACUUGUCGGUGAAGUCAAAACAAUCUGGUCUUUUGCAGCACCAGAUAAUUUAGCUGCUGCUUAUCAUCUUGUUGGUAAUACUGUUAGACUUCCAGUACAACAAAUUUUUGGCUAUAUGCGAAUAAAUAAUUUAAAAUAUGGAAUAUUAACAAAUUAUGAAAAUUUCUAUUUUAUGAAACGUGAAAAUAAUGUAUUACAUAUUUCAACAGCAAUAAAAUCAUGUGAUGUUGAUGUAUCAGUUUAUCGUGCAUUAUAUUAUAUUGUGCACUUAUCAAUUGAAGAUCAUACAUGUAGUCCAAAUACAUCAAAAAAUGAUAAUAAAAAUUAUGAUUCCGAUGAUGAUGAAUUAGAAGAAGAUAGAGAAAAAGAAAAUGAUGAUGAUGAUGAUGAUGACAAUAUAGAUUAUCCAAAACGACAGAAAAAACAACAACAAUCAUUAAAUAGAAAAAAACAGAAAUCAUCAAGAUCAAAAAAAUUAAAAUUAACCAAUGAAGUUGUAGGUUAUGGUCGUAACGGUCAUGUAUACAAAUCAUUUUAUGAUAAUAAAAUAUGUGCAACAAAAAUUUGCGACAUAAUAAAAAAUAAAGAAAUGAUAACACGAUUAAAACAUGAAAAACAAUUAUACGCACAUUUAAAAUCAUUACAAGGUAUCAUUAUUCCGAAUCGAAUUACAUCUGGAUAUUUAAAAAAUUUAAAUUGGUUUUAUAUUGUAUGUUAUGAAUUUAGUGGAAAACCAAAAAACUUCGACGAGUACACAUAUGAUGAAAAACAAAUGACAUUACAUGCACUACGUCAAUUACAUUUAAAUAAUGUUUUACAUAAUGAUUUACGCUGCGAAAAUUUUCUUGUCAAUUAUGAUGAUAAUAAUGAUAAACAUAAUCGUACUCAACAACAAGCAAUAGGAGCUUUAUCUCAUAUAGAACGAAUCAUAAAAGAAAAAGCAAAUUUAUUUAUUAAAGAAACACCAAAACGACAUCGUCCACCAUCAUGGACUGAAGAAUUACUUGAUGUUACUAUUCGAUGGUUACUUCGACAAUGUGGAAGAAUUGAAACAGAAUCACGACGAAAAUGUAUUGAACUGGUUUUUAUAUUUAUUUCACUUUUACCUGUUUUUUUUUUUUUAUUUAGAUUUGAAGGUACAAUUAGUAAAGAAAAAAAAACAAGAUUUAAAGCAAAUUUAGCAUAUCAACGAUGUUUAACUGAUAUAAAUGAACAAUUUUCUCUUCCAAUUGUCUAUCAAUGGCUUGAUACAGUUAUUGCUUCAUUAGAUUGUUAUAUAUGGGUAUUUUCACAAGGUUUUCUCAAUCCUCUUCUAUUCCAAGAUAACAAUCAACAAAGUCGUUUAAUUACAUCAUUAUCAUAUUUUAUUUCAAAAAUAUCAAUGAAUACAUUACAUGAUAUUGUUAGUUAUUUUCCAAUUUCAAAUCAAUCAUAUGUAUUUACUCCAAAUGAUGUUCGUCAAUUUAAUAUUGCAAAAUGUACAGUAAUUGUUCGUCUACUUAAUUUUAUUACAGCAAUUUGGUUAAAAUAUCCAUUUGAUAUAAGACGUGCAAUUGAUAAUUCAUUUUAUAGUAAUGAUUUAACAAAAUUAAUUUUAACUUGUGUAUUUAAUCCAACACAAGUUGGAUUUGAUAUUAAUAAUGAAGAAAUUAAUAAAAAAUUACCAGAACGAAUUCUUAUUCUACUCAAAUCAAUGAUAACUCAUCUACCUGAACAAUUAUUACAACCAUUUUAUAGUAAUACACUUCAAAUGACGAAAUCUGACGGAUUAUACAACUUAACAAAGGAACUCAAUAUGAAUCCUGUUCGUUGGUCACUUAUAUUCACUAUUACUCGUGGACUUCGUCUCUUACAUGAUGUUCGAUUAUUACCUAAACCAACUCAACCUGAACAAUAUGCUAAAGAACUUUGGACAACAAUGUUAACAAAAAUAAUUACACAUGAAGAGGAUUGUGAUAAAGCAAAUAUUGUUUUAACUAUUGAUAAUCAACGUGGUUUACAAGCUCUAUUUUAUUAUAUUAUUUAUUUAGGCAUUAAGCCCACUGAAGUUUUACCGUAUUUUUUUCAAUCAACUCGUAUUCAUACUGAUUCUGGUAUGGCAACAGUUGGAAUUUAUUUAUUAACAUUAUUUAAAUAUCAAAUAACUAGUUGGCUUGGUACAACUCCACAUUUUAUUAUAAAUAAUAUUGAUAUACGUCAACAAUGUGGUCGACAAUUUGUUGAUGGUAUAUAUUCAUGUUGGCCAUUAUUUAUUUUAUUUUAUCGUUCAAUAAAUAUUGAUGAUAAAUUAUUAAUUGUUACAUUAUUAACAAAAACAUUUAUUAUUGAUAGUCGUUUAUUAAUAUCACAUGAACAAUUUGAUCAUAUAUCUCAAAUGUAUUUAUCAUUAUUAAUUGAUAAACAAUUAAAUAUAACAUUUAAAACACAUUUACUUGAUUUAUUACCAUUUUUUGUAUCACUUGAUAUUGAUGAAGAUCUAUUAGAAGAUAAACGUAAAAAAUGGUCCGAUGAUUUUUGUCGUACAUUACAUAUAUUUACAGCUGAUUGUUUUCCAUUAAAAAGUAGUGAAUUUCAUAAAGGUACACAAGAAUAUCAUGAUUAUCAAGGUGCAAUAAGAAAAAUUUUAUUAGCACUUGAAUUAUCAUUAUCAUUAUCAUUUAUAUUAUUUGAAUUAUUAAUAUGGAUGUUAUAUUGUAAACAAAAUCAUAUAUUUGAAGAUGAAAUACUUUCAUCAAUAAAUCGUUUUAUAAUUAAAUUAAAUGAUCAUAAUAAACAAAUUAAUUUACUUGAUUAUAUUUAUUCAAUAUUAUUUGAACAAAAUUCAUUAUUUCGUAUCGAACAUCGUUUAAAUGCAUUACAAAAAUUUAUAUUAAAAAUGUUAACAUCAGUUCAAAAACAAACAUUAAUUGAAUUUUAUAAAAUAUAUAUAUCAACAUUUGUUAUUGAACAAUUUGAUAUUAAAAUUGAUUUAACAUCAUCAAUAAUAACAUCAAUAUUAAUUAAUAAAAUUUUUACAUAUCGUUUUAUUGAUUAUAUGUAUACAAUAUUAAAUAAAGAUGAUAUAUUUGGUUUAAAUUCUUCAAUUGCAAAAAUUUUUUAUCAAACAGUUAAAAAACAAGAAGAAGCAAGAAAAAUAUUAAAUAUUGAAAUACCAAUAACAACUAUUAAAAUUGGUUCAACAAUGGAUGGAAAAGAAUUAACAAAAUAUAUUAUUGCACGUGCACGUGCACAAUUUAUUGAUGGAAAAAAUAAUUAA